AUGACAGUGUCUGGUACAACAUUGCGAUGGUUCGCUAUGCCUCUGAAAACUGAGGAAAGUGGCGGAACUGCAAUAUGCGUGGAAGUAACAGGAGGCACAGAUCGACCUUUUACAAUAACCUUCAAGCCCUACACACCAGGAGACUGCCCGGUUCGUAUCGACAACCUUUGUGACGAUCUUUUCCUGAAGCUACACCAAGUAAACUCGGGGCAGGUGGCGCUGCUGAGUCCGUACCAGUCUAUGUUCUACACGUGGGACGAUCCGGAAAAGGAGAGGAAGCUAUUGUGGAAUAUAUACAAUAACAAAGGCAAGGGUUUUGUUGCGGAUUUUGGACAAGAUGGUUACGGCGAAGAAAAACUGAGUUUCCAUUCAGUGAAGCAUUCUACUCUCGUCGCAACCAGUAGUGUUACAUCAAAAUUGUCUUCUACUUUGAAACGACUUACACCAAAGUCCCCCGAACCCUGUUCUUCAAGUAGUGAUGACUCUGAUAGUUCAGACCUCCCUGAAAGUCACACUAAGACUAAAAAGAUGAGGAAGGAUAAAGUUAUUGUCUACUGGAUUGCAUAUAUGGACGGGUAUCAAAGAGUAUUUGCUCUAGCUCAAAAUGAACGACUUGCCUACCAGUACCGAAUGAGAAUCAACUCUGAGAGAAGUAAUUAUGAAAUCUACAUGUCGUUAUCAGGGGUUAGUUUAUCUGUUUGUGUUCCAACUAAUGCUGGAGUAAAGGAACUUGCAUACGUGAGUAUGACGGAUUCCUUACCACGAUGGGAAGUGAACGUCAAUCAUAAAUGGAAGCAGCUGUCUCCAGAAUUGACAUCAUGGAUCGAAGACAAAUAUCAAACAGAGCAGAAAAAAUGCCAACUAAAAGAAUAUAUUCAUAUUGACUUAGAGAAAAUGCAGAUGACAAAACCAUUUUUCUCUGAACUCCGAAGAACGUAUAAUCCAGGAGUUUGGCUGCAGAUUCGAAAAUCAGAUACUUACACAUACUGUCACAUGAAAUGUCAAAGAUUACAAAUUGAUAAUCAGCUGCAUGAAGCUGUGUUCCCCAGUGUUCUCUAUCCAGCUCCAAUAUCUAACGAUAUCAGGUCUAACAGAGGCUUAAAACCUUGUAUAGAAAUCGUAGCUCUGAAACAACAUAGACCAAGUUUGAACCAGGAUGUUUACAAAUACUUCAAAGUAUUGGUUCAGGAGUACUGUGUAAAUUUAGACCGAGGAUUCGUGAAUUAUGUGUUCGAUAUACUGAACCAUUGGAAAAUUGAAGACAAACCUGCUGUGAGGCUUCGUGCAGACCUAGCCUUAGUCCAUAUGCCGCUGCCAAUGAUUGCAGUAAAAAGUCAAAUUAAUUUUCAAAGGAAUGUUCUCUUUGAAUUCGUUCACUUGUCUCCUGUAAAAUUGGUUCUAAGUUUGUCAUCUCGAGGAUAUUCAGCAGAGGCGAGUAACAGUCCAAGCAGAACUAAAUUCGGAAAUAAGAAGGAGAAUAGACCGAAGUUGUUCAACAGUGAUUUGUUGGAGUAUCUAUUUAACUCGUGGGGUUCGUCGCUUUGUGACAUGAAGGACGUGGUAUUGAGAAUGUCCUACAUGGAAAUCCGUAACGCCCCCAUCACAACAUCAGUUGUCGUAGACAUGGCCUCUCGUCACUAUUGGACUCAACUGGUGCAACAGUUUUACGUGCUGGUGCUCGGACUUAAUAUCUUAGGAAACCCUUACAGCUAUAUUGGAGACUUCUCAAAAGGAUUGAAACAAUACUAUGAGCCUUGUUUGGGUUCCUGUCUAGGUCGGAAAUCUAUGGACGUGUCUUCCCGUUUGGAGGAAGGAGCAGCAGCGUUACUAGGUCUUCAUGCGAGCCCUACCACUAGGAACAGUGCUAUGUUCGAGGAGCUGCCUAGACCGCAGACACCUAGGAGGAAACUAGGUGAACAACAACAGCUAAGCAACGAUAUACCAGAGAGCGUGAUAGACGCCGACAGCAAUAACCCAGCCAGCAUCGCUCUGGCACUAACCGCACUGGUCGCCAGGCCCACGUUUGAUGUAUGUCGUGAAGCGGCAAAAGCCUCGCUAUCCCGUCAACUUAGCAUCAGCAGUGUUGAAGGCGCGUUGAAGGCUUGCGUGGAACGGAGUGGUGGCCGACUGCUGGCCAGACGGCGGCUUCCAAGACAUUGUGGAUCUUCUGAGGGUGUACGUCCAUACUCCCAGCAUGCAGCUCUGGGGCUGCAGCUCCUGACUCUGCUCGGUCGUGGCCACUACGCUGAUACUGAUUCUUAUAUUGCUCACGCGCAUCUUGGACCUAAAUCCAACUGUACGCUGCUCAUUAGCACUCAGCACGUAUUCAUGGUACGAGCCGGCGGCGCCAGUGGUUCCUGCCACGUGGAGUGGGCGGUCAAGCUAGAUGACAUCAUUGGCACCCCCAUUAUACUUGAGGACAAACUUGUGCUUAACAUAAAACAGGACGAGCUGGUUAACUACUUUGCUACCGAUGAAAAGGUCAUCGAGGUAGCAGACCCUGAAGUACUCUCAUGGCUGAAGGCCAAGAUCGAAUGCGCUCUCAUAUUCGCAUUAGAAGAUAAGAGAUGCCCUUCAACUGACUAA